GCGGUUAUCUCCUUCAUUUCCAUUCCUGUCUGAAUUGCUCUCCUCAAAGUCUCCCUGUUUUCUCUGAAGCCUCUCGAGGCUUUGUUUUGACCCUUCUCUGUUCUCUUCUCGCUGGGUCUUCGAUCCUGAUCGGCCCCAAGUCAAAAUUAUGGCUUCAUAUACACCAAAAAACAUCCUCAUAACUGGGGCUGCUGGCUUCAUUGCUUCCCAUGUGGCCAACCGGCUCGUCCGCAGUCACCCCGAGUACAAGAUUGUUGUGCUUGACAAGCUUGACUAUUGUUCAAAUCUGAAAAACCUUCUUCCCUCUAAGUCAUCGCCCAAUUUCAAGUUUGUUAAGGGGGACAUCGGAAGUGCUGACCUUGUCAACUAUCUCCUCAUCACUGAGUCGAUAGAUACAAUUAUGCAUUUUGCCGCCCAGACCCAUGUUGACAACUCCUUUGGUAACAGUUUCGAGUUUACAAAGAACAACAUCUAUGGCACCCAUGUUCUUCUGGAAGCAUGUAAAGUCACUGGCCAAAUCAGGAGGUUCAUCCAUGUUAGCACAGAUGAGGUUUAUGGUGAGACUGAUGAAGAUGCUGUUGUAGGAAAUCAUGAAGCAUCUCAACUCCUUCCAACAAAUCCAUACUCUGCAACAAAAGCUGGAGCAGAAAUGCUUGUUAUGGCAUACGGCAGAUCAUAUGGAUUGCCUGUGAUAACGACCCGUGGAAACAAUGUGUAUGGACCAAAUCAAUUUCCUGAAAAAUUGAUUCCAAAGUUCAUUCUCCUGGCUAUGCAAGGGAAGCCUCUUCCAAUUCAUGGUGAUGGUGCUAAUGUGAGGAGCUACUUAUACUGUGAGGAUGUUGCUGAAGCUUUUGAACUCAUUCUUCACCAAGGAGAGGUUGGCCAUGUGUACAAUAUUGGGACAAAGAAGGAAAGGAGAGUUAUUGAUGUGGCCAGAGAUAUAUGCAAACUUUUUAACAUAGACUCGGAAGCAUGCAUCAAGUUUGUUGAAAACAGACCUUUCAAUGACCAGAGGUACUUCCUUGAUGAUCAGAAGUUGACAGUGUUGGGGUGGUCAGAGCGGACUACCUGGGAAGAGGGUUUGAAGAAGACUAUUGAAUGGUACACUAAGAAUCCUAACUGGUGGGGUGAUGUAUCUGGGGCACUGCUUCCGCAUCCACGAAUGUUGAUGAUGCCUGGUGGCAUUGAGAGACAUUUUGAUGAGCCUGAGGAGGAAACAUCUGAGUCUUAUGUCGCAAGUAAUCCUCGAAUGUUGGUUCCUCCUACCAAAUGCAGUGGCUCUCCUCGUAAGCCUCCCUAUAAGUUCUUGAUUUAUGGUAGGACUGGGUGGAUUGGUGGUGUACUCGGGAAGCUAUGUGAAAAACAAGGGAUUCCUUAUGAGUAUGGAAAAGGGCGUCUUGAGGAUCGGUCUUCACUUGCUGCAGAUAUUCAGAAUAUUAAGCCAACUCAUGUGUUCAAUGCUGCUGGUGUGACUGGUAGACCUAAUGUUGAUUGGUGUGAAUCUCACAAAGCAGAAACAAUUCGGACCAAUGUUGCUGGAACCCUAACUCUAGCAGAUGUUUGCAGAGAGCAGGGGAUCCUUAUGGUUAACUUUGCCACUGGGUGUAUAUUUGAGUAUGAUGCUAAACAUCCAGAAGGUUCAGGUAUUGGGUUCACUGAAGAAGACAAACCCAAUUUCUUUGGUUCUUUCUAUUCAAAAACGAAGGCCAUGGUUGAGGAGCUCUUGAAUGAAUUCGACAAUGUUUGCACUCUUAGAGUCCGAAUGCCCAUCUCAUCAGACCUGAACAACCCACGUAACUUCAUCACCAAGAUUUCUCGUUAUAACAAGGUGGUUAACAUUCCUAACAGCAUGACCAUCUUGGAUGAACUGCUACCCAUUUCAAUUGAAAUGGCAAAGCGGAACUUGAGGGGUAUCUGGAACUUCACAAAUCCGGGUGUCGUGAGCCAUAAUGAGAUCCUGGAGAUGUACAAACAAUACAUUGACCCAAGUUUCAAAUAUGCCAACUUCACACUCGAAGAGCAAGCCAAGGUCAUAGUUGCUGCCCGAAGCAACAAUGAAAUGGAUGCAUCCAAGUUGAAGAAAGAGUUCCCCGAGUUGCUACCAAUCAAGGAGUCACUGAGAAAGUAUGUCUUUGAACCAAACAAGAAAACAUCUGCCAAAUAAGUAAUAUUCAGUAAUAGACCUCAGGAUGAACUCUCUGCCUCUUGAAUUAGAUGAUAUGCUUUAGAUUACUUCAAUUUAGUUUAAUCAGUACUAGUCAUUAUCCAUUUCUUAGCCUUGUUUCAUUAUUUGUACUGUGCUAGAGGGUGGUGGGUAUAGUUCUAUUGAUAUUUGUUUUCGUGGAUGUAUCUUGUUUUCCUUUGUGUUCCAUUUUAUAAGAAAAUUUAAACAGGUUCCCAUAUGGAUUUUGUCAUCUGUAAUUUUUGUAUUCUGUUCAAUGAAAGAUGUUUUGUUAAUGUU